AAGAGUAAAAUAACUUGCUACUUGACAUAUUAAUGACAUUUCAAAGUAAUUUGUUGUUCUUUGGUUGUUCUUGCACGAACAUUAGUAAUUGUGAUUGUGACUCAUCGAAGCAAAGAGUAAAAUAACUUGCCUAUACAGGAGCAUCGAAAAUUACAGUUUCUUCCUUUUUCUAUCGACAAUAAUUUAAUAAAAACAAAAAGAAGGCUCAGGCCUGCGUCGUCAUUUUUAAUUGUCUUAAAUAAGCCUUCAAGCUGGGUAACGAAAUGUCAUCUUCGGCAAUGGAGAAGCAUCUGUUUAAUUUAAAAUUUGCUGUAAAGGAGUUAGAACGAAAUUCUAAGAAAUGUGAAAAGGAGGAGAAAUUAGAAAAAGAGAAGGCGAAAAAGGCGAUUCAGAAAGGGAACAUGGAGGUAGCUCGCAUUCAUGCAGAGAAUGCAAUACGACAAAAGAAUCAAGCUAUAAAUUAUCUUCGUAUGUCUGCGAGAGUAGAUGCUGUGUCCAGCCGAGUACAGACAGCUCUCACCACUAGAAAGGUAACAAAUUCAAUGGCAGGUGUAGUUAAAGCAAUGGACGCAGCAAUGAAAUCGAUGAAUCUCGAGAAAAUAUCAAGUCUAAUGGAUAAAUUUGAGAAUCAGUUUGAAGAUUUAGAUGUCCAAUCAUCUUACAUGGAAAAUACAAUGUCACAAACCACAACAACCACAGUUCCACAGGGUGAUGUAGAUAACUUACUGCAACAAGUAGCUGAUGAAGCUGGAUUGGAACUCAACAUGGAGUUACCAUCGGGCAUACCAAGUGCUUCAGUAGGCACCGCAACCGUUGUUUCUCACGAACAAGAUGAACUUACGCAGAGACUUGCCAGAUUAAGACAAGCUGAAUAACAUAGUGAUGUAAAGAAUAAGUAUCUUCUGCUGGUUUAAGUAUAAUUUGAAACAAAAGUAAAUACUUGUAUAUUUUAAAAAGGCUUUCGCGAAAAACUAAACUGUCGAAUUUUAUACUCAUUAAUAAAAUUAUCAUUGUUUUGUGAAUAUCACAAAUAAUUUA